UUUUCGUCCAUUUCUUGAUGACUUUGUAAUCAUGUUCUCCGCAAAGGGACUGACUGGCUCGAAUUAGAACUGCAUCUUAACAAAGAAAUGAAUAAAUAAAUAAAUAAAUAAAUAGAUAGAUAAGCAAACAAGCUGAUGAAAAGGUCGCAAGAGGUUAGUCGAGAAAGAUUGAACGAUUUUAUUAAGAAAGGGAAACACAACAUGAAGCUGAAGAUGCGAUAUUUCAUAAACUGUCAUAAAACUUUGACUCCAAUGGUUAUAAUAGCGUUGAUGAUACGUUAUCAGAAUUUCAAAAUCGGACCGGUUAUUUAUUUAGCUCUUCAUGGAAAUUACUGUAUCAAUUGGUUAUUGAAGGAAUCCAUUUUUCCGGAUAAAUCCUUUGAAGAGGAACUUCCGCCAUUAUGGUUUAUACUUGGAUUUGUUGGUUUGAAUCAAUACUGGUGGACACCGUGGUUACUGGUGCGUAAACAAACUGACCCAACGAACGCGACUAUUUUUUUAGCCGUCACAUGUAACAUCAUCGGGACGUUCUUACAUUUUUGCAGUGAUGCUCAAAAAUAUUUUAUGUUGAAAGAGAAAAAGCGUCUGAUCACGACAGAUUUUUUUGCACGUUCCCGAAACGUAAACUACCUUGGAGAAAUAUUGACGUAUUUCGGGUUUGCCAUCAUGGCGGAGCAUGCUGCGCCGAUACUUAUUCUGGUGGCGAUGAGUGUUUUUGUCUACCUUCCGAAUAUGUUAAAAAAAGAUAAAUCACUUUCGAAGUACGAAUCUUUUGAAAGAUACAAACAGCAAACGAACAUGCUACUUCCAAAAUUUUGAUGCUCACUGCAGCAAAUUGAUGUAAUUUAAUAGAUGUUAUACCGUCAAAUAAACUCAUUUCCAGGCCUUUUUCUCUUUUUAACAAUUUUAGACAACCUGGAAAUGAGGUAAACUGUACAUAUCUAACAAAUAAAAACAAUGUAUUUCCUUACACCCCCCUUUUUUUUAAACCUUUCUUUCCGUUCCCCGUGGAAGAUCAAGCUGAGGCAUUACGGAAUGGAUUAUAUCUAAAUAAUAAAAGGCAUUAGCAGAGGCGGAAAAUUUUAAGGCAUGUAUAUUUUUAACGAUAGUAACUAUGA